UACUAAUGGACACAGUGUUACACAGUGUUGCCUGUGUACGUAGUUGCAAAGCACCUUUUAUGUGCGGAAGAAUAAACUGCUGUUUUAGAUUGGGUUUACAAUUCGCAAGAUUUUCAAAUUUAACUGCGUUCAGCAGAACUCAGCGGUUAGCGUUUUGCGAUUGUUACUUGUCAUUGGCAUAUACUGUAAUAUAUCAAAUAGAUUUACAGGAAGAGACCAAUCAAAAUAAGCGCAAAGCGCUUGCUGAGCGCUGAGUUCUGCUGAACGCAGCCUUUAAUAUAUCUUUCUUUUUCCUUCCUUCUUUUUCUUCUUUUAGCUUCUCUGUGCUGCUAUCUGCAUGCCCACGAGUUCCUUCUUUAGGCGGGAAUCGCACUCAGCACGCCACCGUUUACGCUGGACUGGCAGCUCGAUUUGCUCGCAACUCAAUGCCGAAGUGCUCCGAAACAUCAAAGAUUGUUUUCCCGACCUACAGACGCAGGUUAAGCUCAAGCUGCUACUGUCGUUCUUUCACAUACCCAGACGCAAUGUGGAAGAGUGGCGUGUGGAACUGGAAGAAAUCAUUGAGGUUGCUUCUUUGGACAGUGAGCUAUGGGUGUCGAUGUUAUCCGAAGCGAUGAAGACGUUUCCAUCAACCGGUUCUCUGAACACGGAUAUCACUGAUCUGGAUGAACAUAGAUCAAUCUUUGGCGAUUUGGUCAAUGAUCUCCGUAAACUACUCAAAAAGCAGAACGAUCCUGCUAUGCUUCCUUUAGAAUGUCAUUAUCUAAAUAAGACUGCACUGACCUCUGUGGUUGGCCAAAUACCUACACCAACCAAACACUUCACUCUCAAGAGAAAACCAAAAAGUGCAGCUUUGAGAACAGAAUUACUUCAAAAAAGUUCUGAUGCAGCUAGUAAUCUCAAGAAAAGUACAGCUCCCACUGUGCCAGUAAGAAGUAGAGGAAUGCCUCGUAAGAUGACUGAUACAACUCCUCUCAAAGGUAUUCCUAGCCGAGUCCCAACAAGCGGCUUUCGAUCUCCCUCACUCACAAGCAGUAUGCCCAAUAGGACGUCAAUUAAUAGAAUGCGAAAAGAUGGUGGUAUUAAGUUACUAGAGAUUACUGAGCAACCUUUAGGUUAUGCGCAAGCAAAGAAGAGGAAAAGGAUGAUGGAGUUGGAGGAGCAGCAGAAGAAGGUCGCCGAAGCACAAGCAGCAGCUGCCGCGGCAGCGGCUUCUGUUGCUUCACCUGUUCCGGAUACUCCUACAACUCCGGAGUACGCACAAGGACUGACAUCGAUUAAUCCAGCGACGCCAGUCGCACCUGCAGUGACUACGCCACAACCCUAUGUCGCGCCUAGUACACCAAGUAGCAUAACAACGACAACACAAACACCCACUACGCCAACCACCUCUACGACGUCUACUCCUGUGAUACCACCGGUAACCACGCCGACAGUAAUAACGUCUGUCGAAACUACACCUGUCGCUGUGCAAACGGUCAGACCAGCUCAGACAGUGACGCAGAUUCGUAUACAAACUACAGCACAGCCUAAUGCGGCAGCCAAUACGAGAAAAGGCUUAUCUCUUACGCGAGAACAAAUGCUGGAGGCACAAGAAAUGUUUAGAACUGCAAAUAAAGUAACGCGUCCAGAAAAAGCUCUUAUUUUAGGUUUUAUGGCUGGCUCUAGAGAUAAUCCUUGUCCAAAAUUGGGCAAUAUAGUCACAGUAAUGCUGUCGGAAAAUAUAGAAGAAGUGGCACAAUCGGACGGAACAACUGUACCAAUGUUAGUAGAAACUCAUUUCCAAAUGAACUACACGAACGGCGAGUGGAAGAGGAUAAAAAAGAAUCGACGUAUAGUGACGGAAGAAUCCACGUCAACGUCCACACCUGCGCCAACCGCGACCGCCACGGCUUCCAAUUAAAAACAAAAAUGUUCAGCUGCUACAUGGAGUAUAAAUUUGUUAAGAAGUAACGCACAUUGUGUGAUUAUUCGUCUUCUUAGUGAAUUGAUAGGCAUUUUGCUAAGGCCUGUUCCACAAUACACUGUCGUAAGCUGUAAGUCGUAAGAAAAUGACCAAUCACAGACUAAUUACAGAAGAAUAAUCGAUUGUGAUUGGUCAAUU